AAGACUGAUUAUGACUGGAUUUUGUCAAUGUAUUUCUUUUCAGUCCAAUCAUCUUCUUCUUGAAAACUUGGCUGCACUUCGGCCCUGAAGAUUUCAAAGAGCCGCCGAAGUACCACACAUUGCAGAAAGUAAUAGCACACCUGAACAAGAACGUCCCUGGCUGUGACAUGGAAAUGGAGGCCAAACACCUCCUCCACCAGUUUCAAAACGAAGCAGAAAAUGAGAGCCAGCCUGGGGACCAUCCUGCGGACCAGCCAGGAGACCAGCCCAAGGGCCAGCCCGGGGAACUGCCUGAGGUCCAGCCCGGGAAGCAGCCCAAAGGCCAGCCCGGGGAGCAGCCGGAGGACCAACCUGGGGACCAUCCCGAGGGUCAGCCAGGGGCCCUGCCCGAGGACCAGCCCAGGGACCUGCCCGAGGUCCAGCCUGGGGAGCAGCCUAAGGGCCAGGUGGAGGACCAACCUGGGGACCAGCCCGAGGGCCAGCCCAGGGACCAGCCCGAGGCCCAUCUGGCGGACCGACCUUGGGACCUGCCCGAAGUCCAACCCAAGGGCCAGCCUGGAGAGCAGCCCGAGGGCCAGCCUGGGGACUUGCCUGAGGUCCAGCCCGGGGUGCAGCCCGAGGGCCAGCCCGGGGAGCAGCAGGAGGAACAACCUGGGAACCAGCCCAAGGGCCAGCUAGGGGACCUGCACGAGGUCCAGCCCAGGGACCUGCACGAGGUCCAGCCCGGGGUGCAGCCCGAGGGCCAGCCGGAGGACCAACCUGGGGACCAGCCUGAGGGCCAGCCCAGGGACCAGCCUGAGGACCAUUUGGGGGACCGACCUUGGGAUCUGCCCGAGAGCCAACCUGGGGACCUGCCCAGAGUCCAGCCCAAUGGCCAGCCCAGGGACCUGCCCGGGGACCAGCCCAGGAACCUGCCUCAGGAAAAGUUAACGAGCCAAGACACAACUAGAGAUGUGAUCUCAAAAAUUAUGAGAAAAUAUGAUCUGGACAUGGAGGAAGCUGGAAACUACCAACUUGUGCAGGUCAUUUCAGAACACAAAGAGCUAGUCUUCCCACAGGAAGCAAAUGUGCUUUCUUAUAUGAACAGCCAGGGGAACGCAGACAUCAGCCAAAGAAGAAAGCCAGCUUUCCGUGUCUCCCCAUUGUCUGCUGCAGCCAAGAAAAAGAGGAGGCGCCUACCUCGCCUCUUUAGAGGCAGCAGGGUCAGACCCGAAUGAGAGCAUCCUGACAAGGAGCUGACACGAAUACCAUUCUCAGGCUGGGGGAGACUGGGAACCUGUGGGGGGUUGGGGUGCAGGCAUGGGAGGGAUGGGGUCAGGUGGGAAUGGGGAGCAGAAGGGAAUAUAAUUUAUGUUCAGGAGGGAUGUUGGGCACAAGG